CAGCUCUGCCCCCUAUCAGCGCGCUUCUCCCGCCUGAUCAGCAGCAUCACUCUCCCCCCGCUUCCACUCACAGUCAGCGGGCAGAGCGGAGAGGAGCAGCCGGAGAAGAGACCACUUCUACGGCUCCGUCAGUCCCACACUUCAGCCAGUGGACGGAGGUGAUGAUGGCGGCGGCUGUGGAGAGAGGAGGCGUGCGGGCCGCUUUCCUCAACCCGGGCAGCAGCAGCGGCGGCGGUGGCGGUGCCGGUGGAGGACCAAUGCCCACCGGCCUCCCUCCAGGACCCUUCCCCGGAGCAGUGGUGCUGGGCUCGGGCUCCGGAUCCAUGCCCGUCCCUAUGAACCUCUUCGCGACCUGGGAAAUAGACCGAUCGUCCCCGAGCUGUGUCCCAAGGCUUUGCACUCUCACACUGAAAAAACUGGUGGUUCUGAAAGAGCUGGAUAAAGAACUCAACUCGUUAUCGAUAGCUGUCAAAAUCCAGGGCUCGAAGCGUCUGCUGCGUUCAAAUGAGUAUAUCCUCCCUCCCAGCGGCCUGAUGGAGACAGAUCUGGAGCUGACGUUCUCACUACAGUACCCUCACUUUCUGAAGAGAGACUCCAACAGACUCCAAAUCAUGCUGCAGAGGCGGAAACGCUACAAGAACAGAACCAUUCUGGGCUACAAGACUCUGGCCGUGGGAGUCAUCAAUAUGGCCGAGGUGAUGCAGCACCCCACAGACGGGGGUCAGAUCCUGGGUUUGCACAGUAAUGUGAAGGAGGCUCCGGUGCGAGUGGCUGAGAUUAGCGUCUUCUCUCUGUCCUCUCAGCCAAUCGACCAUGAGGAUGGCAGCGGGCAGGCGGGACGCAAGACCAAGACCUCAGACCGCUCUCCGGACAUGGACAACUAUUCUGAGGAGGACGAUGACAGCUACUCGUCUGAGCAGGAAGCCAGUGACGACGCAGUGCACGGCCAGGAUCUUUACGAUGAAGAUGAUGAAGUGAGGAAGCCAAAGAAGGCAAGACGGAAAAUGAUUCGAACCACCUCCAUGACCAGGCAACCCAACUUUAAGCAGAAGUUUGUGGCCUUGUUGAAGAGGUUCAAAGUUACAGAUGAGGUCUUGGACUCUGACCCGGUGGACCAGACUCAGGAGGUGGAGGAGGACCUGGACCUGCUCUACGACAGUCUAGAGGUUUAUAACCAGAGCGACAGUGGGCCCGAGAUGGAGGACAACGAGAGUGUUCUGAGCACGCCCAAACCCAAACUCAAGCCUUUUUUUGAGGGGAUGUCUCACUCCAGCUCGCAGACUGAGAUCGGCAGCAUCCACAGCCACAAAAGCCAGCAGAGGGAGCUGUCCUGUCCUACAGGAGACUUUCUGACCGUUGACAGAUGUAAAGUGCAGAGCAGCCGGUACCAAGACGAGAGCAUCAACGACGCCGCAGCCGGGGAGCCAGAGACAGACGAUAGCGGUCCGGGGCCAGGCGAGGUGAGCAGCUGGGACGUCAACUCCGAGCGAGUGUCCAGCACGGUCGGAAAGCUCUGCAAAACCGAGUCUCAAAACCACAUGUCUCCAAGUAAAAUGGACAACAAGCUGCAAAGGCGAACGCGUAGUACCUCCAUGAAGGACAGGCAAAACUCUAAGGCCCAGAACGAUCGCACCAGCAGCAUGGAGAGUGAAUGCUCCCCAGACUCCAGGCUUAUAGCACAGGUUCCCAGGAAGUCUGUGUACGAUCAGCUCAAUCAGAUUCUCAUUUCUGACGAGCGGUUACCAGAGUGCAUCAUUCUCAUCAACACUACAGAGUGGCAGGGACAGUAUGUAGCAGACCUGCUUCAUGAACAGGGCCAGCCCAUAGUGUCCACCUGCUCCGCUGCAGACGUCCAAGCCGCUUUCAACACCAUCGUCACGCGCAUCCAGAGAUUCUGCAAUUGUAACGCACAGACUCCCCCUACGAUGAAGGUGGCGGCGGCCGGAGACCAGAGUUACCUCAGUACAAUAUUGAGGUUCUUCGUGGAGCAGCUGGCCAAUAAAACACCUGACUGGCUCAGUUAUAUCCGCUUCCUGGUCAUCCCCAUUGGUUCACAUCCUUUGGCCAAACACGUGGCCUCAUUCGACAGCAAGUUCAACAAUCUGUUUAUGGACACAGCCUGGAGGGAGCUGUUCUGCAGGACGGAGCGGCCCACUUCAGAUAACAUUGACGUAGCUGGACGGGUGGUGCAGUAUUUGGCUGGAGCCAACGUGUCCCACCAGUUCCCCAUCUCCGAGGCCAUGCUCACCUAUAAACAAAAGAGGAAAAGAAGUUUGUAUUUUGAUUUUUACAUCAGCCCGGAUGAAGACUCCUGUCAGAAAUUUGUACCAUUUAUUGGGGUUGUGAAAGUAGGAAUUGUAGAGCAGAGCCUAUCAACGUCAGUGGAUUCGGAUGAUGCAAUGGGUGGCAACACGAGCAUCCUGUCCUCCCCAACUCCCCCCACGGCCGGCCCGUACGGGAAAGAGAUCGGCAGCACCCCCCCUCAGUCCCCCUCUGUGUCCACUGCCUUGUCUGGAGCUGGCUCUCCAUGCUCGGGCAGUGAGGUGAUGGGUCUCCAGGUGGACUACUGGACAUGGCAGGGUCCAGAGAAGAAGAAAGAGGGAGAGAAGCGUGACGUGGGUCUCAAAAACACCUUAAAGAGUAACUUCAGGUCUCUGCAGGUGAGCCGCUUGCCCUGUGGAGGAGAGCUGACUCCGCCCCCCAGCAUGGCCAUGACCGUGGUGACAAAGGAGAAGAACAAGAAGGUGAUUUUCCUCAGUAAGAAGCCCAAGGAGAAAGAGCUGGACUCUAAGAGCCAAGUGAUCGAUGGGAUCAGCCGUUUGAUCUGCACGGCCAAGCACCAGCACACCAUGCUGAGAGUGACUAUUGACGGCGUGGAGUGGAAUGAUGUGAAGUUUUUCCAGCUUGCGGCGCAGUGGCCCACGCACGUGAAGCACUUCCCUGUUGGGAUCUUUGGUUACUCCAAACCUGUGUGACCCUGCGACUCCGAGGGUCCCGGCAAAACUAGUUUUCCUGUGGAAAUCUGAACUGACUCUAACCACAAGCUACAUGUUGUCAAGUUGAUGUUUCGAUGUUGUUGGGUGGUGAUCUUGUUUUUUUACACACUACAAAAACAAUUUUGUAAGUUUUGUGCUACGGCCUCGGAGGGAUUUUGAGGUUUUUGACAAAUUGCCACAUUUGGAUAAUGGCAGCUGUGUUUGCACUUUGUUUUGUUAACAUUUUAUUAUUAUUUCUGUGAAAUCCUACAUUUAUUGUUACUCUAUAGACAUGGAGGAGCGUGCCGGUGGCGUGCAGUGGCGUGUGUGCGAUUGUUGAGUUGAAAUGUGCUCGUGUUUGUCGUUGAAAGUUGGAAAAUUGCUGUGAAUUUAGUUGGAUCCUUCUCCUCAAACUCAGUGCUCAGUUUUUAACCCUUUACUUUGUCAAUUUUUUAUAGAAAAAGUUCUUAUUGCCUCCUAAAGCUUAAAGCACACUGUGUACCUAACAUCUAAACAGCUAUGGCUAGGUCGUGUUUUUGAGGGUAGCUAUAAUGAAUGUAGCUAAGACUUAUUAUUCACCACAUGUAAACUGCUCUUUGUGACUUUUGUAUUGGUGGUUAAGUACAUUUAGACUGUACAGCGACACCUACAGUAGAAGCAGGGUAUACCACACACUUUUAGUUUGCAAUAGCUUGAUGCCAAAAGUAGUUGUCAAUGUUACAACUAACCAGUUUUCUCUGUUACGUAAAGGGCCACUAUUUACAGAUGCUAUAUUCUCACUAUACACGUUUUUACAAUAACUUAAACCCACAUUGCUUCAGCUGUGCAGUUCAUGUGCCAAAGCCUCACUAGAGCUUGUAGUAUUUUAUGGCCCUUUGGAGGCCAGUAUUGCUGUUACUGAGUGUUCAAUAGAUCAGAUUCACAGGUUAGCGCACUACAUUUGGCCAUAUAAAAGUGCUUAUUAUCAGAGGUGGGUAGUAUGUACUCUGUUGUUGUGUUGUUACUUCAUAAUAGUAUCCCUUAUAUUGAGUAUUACUUAUGUUGUAUUUGAACAAUCUUCUUAUUGAAUAAACACACAAAUUUUGAAUCUUAAAUGUUUUAGACCUGAUAAAACUUAACAUUUCUGAUAAAAGAAAGAAAAAAAAAAGACCCGCGAAAGAUUGACUUCUUAAAAAAAUAAAUAAAAUAACUCCUCCAACUUUUUCACAAUACAUAAAGAAUUAGGAUAAACACAUACAGGUUGUUGAAGAGUGGCCCAAAUGUGUUAUGAAGUAAAAAUUACUACUCAGAUUGCAGGUGUAGUAAUUACUUGGAUCAAAAUAAAAAGUACCAUUUAAAGUACAAGUACAUAUAACGUCAUUACUACCCACCUCUGAUCAGAAGUAAAAUAGUAUGCACAUCCUAAACAAGCAUUGUAUUCUACCUUUUUAAACACAUUUUGAUGAAUAAUUCUAACUUGAAACGUACAGUACUUAUCUCAGUAUUGUUAGUAGGAACGCUUGAAUGAGUUUUUGUACAAUGCAAAAGUAAUGAGUUUAAAUUUGUUGUAUGAGUUUUGCCACUUGUCCAAGUCACUGCCUAUGUGUGUCUGUGUUGGUGUGCUCAGUGUUGAUGGUACUCCCUGAUAAAAUAGUGUUAAACUUUUUGCAAUAGGAAAAACCUUUUGACAAAGGGCCUUUCUGUAUAAGUUUGUUGUUGCUUUUUAUAUAAAGUGAAGAGCUUUGAUAGCCUGGCUUUUUUAGUAUUGUAUAUAAGAUUAUACAAGAAGUAAUAUUGUGAAUUGCAAAUCCCCCUAUUGCCACUAAAGUUAAAGCACAAAUAGCUUACCUUUAUUUCUUGAAGAGAUAGUCCAGCGUUUUGUAAAUAUAAAAUAGAUACUUGUGGAUAUCACAUGGUAUAAUGGCCAUUACAUUCAUCUUACUUUCAUUACAAGCUGUUAAAGGUGCACUAAGUAACGCUUCUGAUGGAGGGUCUGUCACCUUCUUGUCUCCAUGGAAAUGUAAUUACUUUGCCUGGAAUGCUCCACAGUACAGCAUGAAACUGAUCUAAUUUGCCUUUAUUCAAUCACAGGCAUUUUUAUUGCUAUAUAAUACUUUCCCUCACGGCAUCACAUGCUUGUCUCUAUGGAGAUAAAUGUCCAGCCAAAGCAAUAAUAUCUCCAUGGAGACGAUAGCAGCCAUUCCAGCAGAAAAGUUACAAAGUGUACCUUUAAUAUACACAAAUUAAUAAUUAUGUGUCUGUCUCCAGUCCAGUUCUCAAAUUUAGGUGCAAGUGUUCUUUGUAGUGGUGAUCUACAGUCGCCCCAGGUCAGAUUAUGAGGAAUGACACUGCCAAUAUUCCUGCAAAUUGUAUUAUCUACUAAGCCACUAAUGCCCCAGAUACAGUCUAAUAAUAUCCAUAAACUUGUCAACUUGGUCUUGAUUUAUAAAACUAGACUAUUUUAAUGUCUCUAUAUAGCUCCAUUUACAUACCCAUUUCUUUCCUUAUUUUCAGCACUCAACUUUAGUGAAAUUGUCUAAACUAGGAGUGUAUCAGCGAUCAUUUACUCUAAAAGUGUCUAUUAGAAACUACAAAACACUGCACUAUCCCUUUAACUUAAAUGCCAAAUAUUUACCCUUGUUGCUAUGAAGUCCUACAAUGCAAACACUAUAAUAGUCAUUUCUCAUACAUUUCCCUCUUUUAUAAUGCACUUUGAUGUGGUUUAAAUACAUUUUAUCUCAAAUUGGGACAUUGCUUUUGAUUUUGAGGUGUUAUAUUUGAAAGAACCACUACCUAUAGACUAGAGAAACCCGUGUGCUCAUUUUCGUAAUUAUUAUUAUUGACUGUAUUGGCUGCAUUUGCCUAUUAAGGUCUAUGGAAGAAACUGUUACAUUAUUUUUGCCACUCAUUGCAGCUACCACCGUGUGUGUCUGCCUGUGUUCUAGCUGCCUAGGUUGUUUAGUAUUAGCCAAUGCAGAAUUAUUUGAGGGAAUUAACUUAGUAGACAUGCAAUUUAGCUUUUUUCAAAAUAAAAUGACAAGAUUAUUUCAUCGUAUUUGAACUCGCAACCUUUUUUUCAAACUAAAAUGGCAAGAUUAUUUCAUCGUAUUUGAACUCGCAACCUUUUUGCCCUGAAUCUAGACGUAGCAUGGGGGUACUUUACAAGGCUGGAUCAAUGAGCGGGCAUGCUAACAUUUUUAAAUCAGAGGUUUUCAAACUUAAACGACCAGCAAUUACCUCUUAAAUUUGCUUUUAUAUAAAAUAAUUUGCUUUUAACAUAUUUUUAAUUAGCUAAAAUUGUCAUAAUAGUCUAAACUAAAAAGUCUAAACCAGAAUAAACCAAGGUCAGUACUGGUUAGGUAAAUCAGGACUAAAUACUAUAAGACAAAUCUUGCAUACCACUUAUAGAGAUCAAGAGUGGAAAUCAACAAAUGUCCUAUUAAGUUUGAAAAGUUUUUGGGAAAAUUCUUAAUAUUUUGAGAUCAGAUAUGUGGCAACUAAUAACCAUAACCUAAUUAUAUUAAAUACAUGAAUAUAAAAGAACUAAAAAUACAGCAAGGUGUAAUUAUAACUUUGUGGCUUAUGCAUCACAAAUAUUAUUUAUUAUGUCUUAUACUCAUGUGUUACUACAGACCUAAUAGACUCCAACAAAUGUUUAAUAUUAAAAAAAAACAACUAUGGGAAUUUUACUUAAAAAACUUAAUGUCCCUGCACACUUUUAAACUGUAAUGUGUUUGAGCCUCUGACAUAAGUCUCAAAAGCAGCAAAAACUACUCCAUGAUGAUGAGACAUGCCAUCUCAAUGUUCCUGUUACUUGAAAUACCACCCAUCGUCUUUGCACAAAUCCUCUUUUAAAAACAUGACAGUAUUUUUAAAGUUACCACUAAAAAUAUGGGUUCCUCUGCAUGUUUUACUAUAGAUGUAAAUAUGUUUUGGAUUUUUAUAUUGUUUGUUUGUUUCCAUGCUCACAAGCAGUUGUGUUAAAUAAAAUUUUUAAUCUUCUGUACAAA